UGGUGCCCGUGCGACCCCACCACCGGAGCGGCGUGGGGGCUCCGGUGUCUGUGUUUUUCAGAGCAAUGAAGCUACGAGAGUAGGACCCGCCCUGGGCGGAUCAGUCAGUCCAUGAGCUACCUGGCGUGUCCUUUUGUGGAAGGAAACACAAAGGGGAAAGCAGACAUGAAAAUCUCCGGGAAGAACGGCCGGCACAAGAUCAGGACCGCAAGCCACUCGAAAUCCACACCUGACUUCGAGGCCAAGGUGUCCCCCACCCCGCGCUGCCGUCGUGAGAUCUAGGUGCGCAGCCCGGGGCGGGGGCGGGACUUCCUGACUGACCCAACUUCCGGGCGGGGCAGGGCGGGGCUUCCGGGCAAGAGAGCCUGGGGAGCCGGGGAUCUGCUGUGUCUAAACUGUUGGUCAGGAUCUCUGUAGCACGUGUCGGGAGUAAUUGAAGUGCUUCUGAGCGGUUUGCCAGACUGGUCAGCACUGGGACAGUUGGAUAGGCCGCCGAUAGAGCCAUUUCUGUGCUGUUCCUGUCCCGGCGCAGGCGCGCGCUCUCCGGUGGCGCGGAGAACUCGGCGCGCGUCGGUCAUGGACUACCGGCGGCUGCUUAUGAGUCGGGUGGUCCCGGGGCAGUUCGACGAUGCGGAUUCCUCAGACAGUGAAAACACAGGCUUGAAGACAGUCAAAGAACAAGGUGACAUUCUGUUUGAAGAUCUUCAAGAUGUGUCUGAGAAGAAGGGUGAAGGUGAGACAGAAGAGGAGGAGGAAGAAGAAAAGGAAUAUGAUGAAGAUGAUGAUUGGGACUGGAAUGAAGGAGUUGGGAAACUCACCAAAGGUUAUGCCUACAGUGGAGGAAGUAACCUACAGGCAAAUCGACAGAAUUCCAACUGCAGUUUGGCAAAAAUGUCUACUCCAGCUGACAAGGUGUUACGGAAAUUUGAAAACAAAAUUAAUUUAGAUAAGCUAAAUGUUACUGAUUCUGUCAUAAAUAAAGUCACCGAAAAGUCUAGACAAAAGGAAGCAGAUAUGUAUCGCCUCAAAGAUAAGGCAGACAGAGCAACUGUAGAACAGGUGUUGGAUCCCAGAACUCGAAUGAUUUUGUUCAAGAUGUUGACUAGAGGAAUCAUAUCAGAAAUCAAUGGCUGCAUUAGCACGGGAAAAGAAGCUAAUGUAUACCAUGCUAGCACAGCAAAUGGAGAGAGCAGAGCAAUCAAAAUUUAUAAAACUUCUGUUUUGGUGUUCAAAGACCGGGAUAAGUAUGUAAGUGGAGAAUUCAGAUUUCGUCAUGGCUAUUGUAAAGGAAACCCUAGAAAAAUGGUGAAAACGUGGGCAGAAAAAGAAAUGAGGAACUUAAUCAGGCUAAACACAGCAGAGAUACCAUGUCCAGAACCAAUAAUGCUAAGAAGUCAUGUUCUUAUUAUGGGUUUCAUUGGUAAAGAUGAUAUACCUGCACCACUCUUGAAAAACAUCCAGUUAUCAGAAUCCAAGGCUCGGGAAUUGUAUCUACAGGUCAUUCAGUACAUGAGAAGAAUGUACCAGAAUGCCAGAUUGGUCCAUGCAGAUCUCAGUGAAUUUAACAUGCUAUACCAUGGGGGAGAUGUGUACAUCAUUGAUGUUUCUCAGUCCGUGGAGCAUGACCACCCACAUGCCUUGGAGUUCUUGAGAAAAGAUUGUGCCAAUGUCAAUGAUUUCUUCUUGAAGCACAGUGUUGCUGUCAUGACUGUGCGGGAGCUCUUUGAAUUUGUUACAGAUCCAUCUAUCACACAUGAGAACAUGGAUGCUUAUCUCUCAAAGGCCAUGGAAAUAGCAUCUCAGAGGACCAAGGAAGAAAGGUCUAGCCAAGAUCAUGUGGAUGAAGAGGUGUUUAAACAAGCAUAUAUUCCUAGAACUUUGAAUGAAGUAAAAAAUUAUGAGAGGGAUAUAGAUAUAAUGAUGAAAUUGAAGGAAGAGGACAUGGCCAUGAAUGCCCAACAAGACAAUAUUCUAUACCAGACUGUCACAGGACUGAAGAAAGAUUUAUCAGGAGUUCAGAAGGUUCCUGCGCUCCUAGAAAAUCAAGUUAAGGAAAAGACUUGUUCUGAUUCAGAAGAUCCUGGAAGCUCUGAGACCUCUGACUCAGAUUCUGAAGAACAAGGAGACCAUGCCCAUCCCAAGAAACAUGCCACUAACCCUGACAUUGAUAAAAAGGAAAGAAAAAAAAUGGUCAAGGAAGCCCAGAGAGAAAAAAGAAAAAAUAAAAUUCCUAAACACGUGAAAAAAAGAAAGGAGAAGACAGCCAAGGCAAAAAAAGGCAAAUAGAAUGAGAACUGUCUUAUGUACAUUUUCCCUCAGUUAUUUUUCUUAUUUGAACUCUAAGCUGCAUCUGGAAGAUGGCAUACUGAUUUUAAUCAAAUUGUUGUUAUGGUACUAUGAAGAUUGAUUCAAGUGCUUUCAUGUAAUUAUGUAAAAAAAAAGUCAGGGCAGCACCUGUGGCUCAAAGGGUUAGGGCGCUGAUCCCAUAUGCUGGAGGUGGCGGGUUCAAACCCAGCCCCAGCCAAAAACUGCAAAAAAAAAAGUCUUAAGCUGGGCAGCACCUGUGGCUCAGUGGGAAGGACGCUGGCCCAAUAUACCGAGGGUGGCAGGUUUGAACCCGGCCUGGCCAAACUGUAACAAAAAAUAGCCGGGCGUUGUGGCAGGUGCCUGUAGUCCCAGCUACUUGGGAGGCUGAGGCAAGAGAAUCGCUUAAGCCCAAGAGUUGGAAGUUGCUAUGACCUGUAACGCCACAGCACUCUACCAAGGGCAACUCAGUAAAACUGUGUCUCAAAAAAAAAAGUCUUAAGCUAUAGUGUCUAGUUCAAGUCACUGAUUCUGUCUGGUGUUGCAGAGGAUUUAUUUAAGGUAAUAUUUUAAUGAAGAACUUUGUACAUUUUUAUUUUUAUAUUUUUUCUCCUGCAAAUAUGUUUUUAGAAGAAUCAUAAAUAUUUAAAUGUAAUGACCAUCCAUAACCUUUAUGUGAGUGUAAAAGGCACUUUGGAUGAACUUGGAAAAAUUGUUUUUGCUUUCUUUGUGCAUGCCAAAAGACCCAUCUGAAAUUGAUUAUAAGGCCAUUAUUUAUGUUCAACCGUUUGGCAUGGUCAUUCAUUUAUCAAAUAUUUGAGUAUUUUAGGUGCUGGGGAUAUAGCAGAAAACAGACAAAAAUUACUACUUUGGGGUAGUUUACAUUGUAAUAGGAAGAUAAGAUUUUAAGCAAAAUAAGUAGAAAACACUGUGUCGUCAGAUGAUAAUUAAUUCUAUGGAGAGAACGCAGAGAAGAGAGAGAGAGAGAAAUAAUGCAGAGGUAGGGAUUGCAAUUUAAAAAUGGGUUCUGGAGAAGGCCACACUGAAAGGCAGUAUUUCAAUAAAUACUUGAAGAAGGUAAAUCAUGUGCAUAUCAAGGGAAGAGCAUUAUAGGCAAAGCAGACCACAAGGGUAAAAGCCCUGAGGUAGAAGUGUGUUGCCAUGUUCAGAAAUAGCGGGCUGGGGCAUCAUAAUCAUGGGAGAAAGUAGAUGAAAUCGGAUCAGACAGGGUGUGGGAGGGCUUUGAGCAGAGGAAUGAUAUGAUGUGAUUUCUGUUUUUAAAAGAAUCACUCUGGCCUCUGUGGAGAAUUGACUUAAGACGCAAGGGUGGAGACCAGUUGGGUGUAUUUAUUGUAGUAUCCUGAGUGAAAGAUGUGAUAGUCUAAGGUAGGAGCACCAGACGUGAAAAGAAGUGGCUGGAUGUGCCAAGGGAAGAGGAGAGGAGUGUGAGAGCAAGAGUUAAGGGUGACUUUAGGGUUUGUGACCUCAGAAGCCGCUGAGAUGACUGGAGUUGCCACUUACUUGUGAUGGGAACGAAUGUGAUGGAGCAGGUUUGGAGGGAGGAGACUAAGAUGAAAUAAAGCUUAUAUUACAACAAAGCUGAAGUAUUGGAAGAUAUCAGUUUAGUUUUUUAAAAAACUUCUUACAUCUUGGCGCCCAUAGCACAGUGGUUACAGCACCAGCCACGUACACUGAGGCUGGCAGAUUCGAACCUGGCCAGGGCCAACUGCAACAACAACAACAAAAAUAGCUGAGUAUUGUAGCUGGGAUUACAGGACUACUGGGAGGCUGAGGCAAAAGAUUCGCUUAAGCCCAGGAGUUUGAGGUUGCUGUAAGCUAUGAUGCCACAGCACUCUACCAAGGGCAACAUAGUGAGACUCUGUCUCAAAAAAAAAAUAAAUAAAUAACUUUUUGUUUUUUUUUUGUGGUUUUUGGCCGGGGCUGGGUUUGAAACCGCCACAUCUGGCAUAUGGGACAGGCGCCGCCAAAAAAAACUUUUUUUUUUUUUUUUUUACCAUAUACUUUAUGUUAAAAUGGCUGUUAUAACCCUGGCAUUUAAAAACGAUUUCUAUAAAUAAACCCCUAGUUUCCACUUAAAACAGAAGCUAGUUCCCACUUACUGGAUGGUGGGUUGUUUGAGGGAAGCAAAAACAGACUUAACAAUUUCUUACACUUUCAGGGGUGGUUUAUCUUCAUCUUCUGAUUCUUGUUUGUUUUGGUGUGUUUGCAUCAAGUGGUCAAGCUCCGCAAAGCUAUCUUUUGUUAGAUCUAAUGCAUUUUCUAAAUUUGGAAUCAAUUGUACUUGGCCAGAAGUAGCAUUGGCAGGACUAAGGAGGAAUUCACUGUCUUUCACAUCAUUAGUGGGAAAGUCACCUUGUAAAACAUGAAAAUGUGGUACUAUAGGGGGAUUCUAACCUGAGAAAUGUUUUUCUGAUCCCUCUUUUGCUGACGUGGCUAUUUCCCCGUUUGGAUUCUGGGGCUUAGGGCUGUGGCUGAGUAGUAACCAUUACUGGUAUUCUUGGCAGACUUGUCUGAAAGUGUAUUUUCCUUGUUUUUGUCUUUCUCAUCUGUAAGCCUAAACUUAGGAAAACUACUUACAGGGCUCCUUGCUGACUUUGAUUGUAGUUGAAGUUUGAUGCUUAACAUGCUUCGGUGUUAAUGGAUUAUUAGUCGUACAGUUAAUUUCCUUAUGGAAAGGUGAAGUUUGGGUCUCUUGGCCUAAAGCUAAGGAUGUUAUUUUGUUCAUUGUAGAUAGAUCUGGUUUUCUAUCAUAUUUUAUGGAUUUUUCUCAUUCCUUAAAUUAAUGUAGAUGUAAUUUUCUGUGAGAAAUCUUUUUUUUUUUUCUUGUAGAGACAGAGUCUCACUGUACCGCCCUCGGUAGAGUGCCGUGGCAUCACACGGCUCACAGCAACCUCUAACUCUUGGGCUUACGCGAAUCUCUUGCCUCAGCCUCCCGAGCAGCUGGGACUACAGGCGCCCGCCACAACGCCUGGCUAUUUUUUUGUUGCAGUUUGGCCAGGGCUGGGUUUGAACCCGCCACCCUCAGCAUAUGGGGCCGGCGCCCUACUCACUGAGCCACAGGCGCCGCCCUCUGUGAGAAAUCUUGAUAAAUUUUUUUUUGAAGCACAGAACGACAGCUCUUCCUAUGCUGCUGCUGUUCUUACUCUUCCUUUGACAGAGUAGUUUAGGGACAGAACUUUCCUCAGCCUGAAGUGUCACCUUGUGAGUGUGGUCUUAGGUGAAGAAAUAGCAGUGGCAGCGGUUCACGUAGGUCUCUGUGUGGUCGAGUAAGAUGAAUCCGUGGUUCUUGGCUGACAUCAAGUUUUCUUCAGGUUUUAUCUAUAACUUGUCAAAGAUGGACUCAAAAUAUUAAAAAACUUUAUAAUUUGAUAAAGUGUGAGAAGAUCUUUUCGCGAGUUGUCUGGUCAAUUUCAUGAGUAGUACUUGCUGAUGGAGGUUUCUUGACUGUGGGCCCAUCCUAUUUUGUGGCUGUGAUUUCAAUAACCUUUUGGCUUAGAAAAUGAAGAGAUAAAAAAAGAUUCUUCUAGACCAGCAGUUCUCAACCUGUGGGUCACCAGCAGUUCUCAACCUGUGGGUCGCGGCCCCUUUGUAACAAUGAAAACACAUCACGGCAUUAGAAAGGUUGAGAACCACUGUUCUAGACACUGGUAAAAAUUAAAUUUAAGGACAUCUCAAAUGUUGGUCUCUGAAUGGUAUCUCUAAAAAAAAAAAUUCAUUUCAAAAAUUUGACAAGUUUUUAAAUUUUUAGUUGUCUACGCACAAUAAAAAAAGACCUUGAACAUUCAGAACUUUCCUUUGAUUUCUGGGGUUCACUUUUUAAUGACUGAAGAGUUAAAAGAACUCACAGCAUGAGUAGAUUCUCCUCAAGUAUAGUUCCCUUGAAGAACUUUGCGACCAAAUUGAAUGGUAAGGUUUCCAAUUCGUGGGCUCAUAGACGAGAGCUCUUCACAUUCUGCCCCUUCAAUUAGUUCCAUUAUCACGUUCCCUACACCUUGGAGUUUUUUUAACUUUCAUGUCCUUUGGGUUCGUGUUACCUUGGACAUAAAGGCUUUUAUAGAUGUUACAGGGGAAACCAUAAUGUUGGGUAUUAAAUCAUUUUAAGCAAGUCUUUUAAGGAAAAGAUUAUUCUUGCAUCUAUGCCCUCCAGAGAUCUUAGUGUCAAAUGGUGUGGAAGCCUCUGGACUUGAAUUUGGAGAAUCUAGGUUACAUUUGUGGAAUUCUUGACUUCACUUUCAGCAUUUCUUCCAUUCUGCAUUACUCCACACAUCCUUCUGCCUCGGUUGCUGUCUAUCAGGAUCAUGAGGAGGUAGCCCUGAGCAGCUAGAGCAACCUCACUGUUGCAAAAUCUUUUUUCUUUCAUUUGAAUGGGAAGGGUUUUUUUCUGGGUGUGUGGGCAAAGCUAUCUCCAGAUCUCUGAGAUAGGUUUUCCAUUAUCUUAUAUUCAUUCUGCUUAUGGUUUUGUUCAAAGGCUGAUCAACUUUUAUCAUCUUUUGGUGAACUUUUAACCUUUACAAAUUCUGUACAGUGUAUAACUAUCAUGGAGUAUAUAAUUUGGCAAUGAAAAAUGGUGGUAGGUCCUUUGGGACCAAAACCUUGCUGGAGUCAGGAUGUUAGACUGCUAAGCUGGUGAACAAGGGGUCAGAGAAUGGGGUGUUAGCAGCCUUCAGUUGCAGUACGGAGAGUUGUCCUUGCUGGGGGUGUCAGGGCACAGCCAUAGGUGUGAGAAGCUGCAGUGGGGCAACAGGUAAAGGUACUGAGGCUACAGGGAAGGGCUCAGGCUGGGCUAUGGAAGGAUUAGCUGCGUUCUGGCAGGCAGGGUUUGAAUGUCAGUGACAGAGAAGCUUAAGGUCUUCAGGGAGUGAGAGGAAGUGGGCUGGGAACAGGCAGUAGAGGGGAAGUGAGUGUCUUCCAAUGACAUAGGGCAGAAGAGGAGAGCCAGAGUUUAGGUGGAGUAAGGAAAGAGAACCCUCAGAAGAGAAGUUGAGGAUAAAUGGGUUUUUACUGAUGUCCGACCAUGUGUUUCAGAGGGAGUGUUUCAGGAGUUAGAAAGUAGAAAGAGAGGUCUAGUUAUUUAUUUUAUUUAUUUAUUUAUUAUUAUUUUUUUUUUUUUGGAGACAGAGUCUCACUCUGGCACACACAGUAGAGAGCUGUGGCAUCACAGCUCACAGCAACCCGGGGCUGGGCUCGAACCCACCAACCUCAGUAUAUGGGGCCGGCGCCAUACCCACUGAGCCACAGGCACCGCCUGAGAGUUCUAGUUUUCAUUUGACCUCAGGUGUGAGCCCCAUUGUGGAACUAGAUGCAUGCAUCCAGUUCUCAGAUACAGAUCCCAUUUAAGUAGGCAAAAAUAUCUCACCUACCCCCCAAAAUAUUGAACCUGAAUCUAUGGCCUCCAGAGGUAACCAGCAGUUGGUAGGGAAGAGGAACACAGAAAGAGGAAAAAUGGGCGGUGCCCUUUGGGUAGGGCGCUUAGUGAGUAGGGCACCGACCACAUACACCCAGGCUGGCAGGUUGGAACCCAGCCAGGGCCAGCUAAAAACAGCAACUGCAACAACAACAAAAGGCGUUGCGGUGGGCACCUGUAGUCUCAGCUACUUGGAAGGCUGAGGCAAGAGAAUCACUUAAGCCCAAGAGUUUGAGGUUGCUGUGAGCUGUAAUGCUACAGCACUCUACCCAGGGCGACAGCUUGAGACUCUGUCUCAAAAAAAAAAAAAAAAAGGGGGGCGCCUGUGGCUCAAGGGGCAGCGCGCUAGUCCCAUAUGCCAGAGGUGGUGGGUUCAAACCCAGCCCCGGCCAAAAAAAACAGGAAAAAUGAUACUAAGAGGAUAUAAUAACUGAAUCUGGAAUAGGGGAGAUUCCAUAAGGAGAAAAAAAGGGAAAGAAAACUAUUAUAAAAAGCACAAGAGUUUUGAGACCCAUAUGUCAACACUGUGGACUUCAUGUGCAUCCUGAUUAAAUCAAUUGUAAAACAAUUGGGGUUUUUAAUUUUAUACAAAUAAGGAAAAUUUUAAAUGGUAUAGAUAUUAGAUGAUGGAAAGGAAUCGUUCAUUUUAUUGGAUAUGAUAGCGAUAUUGUGGUUAUAGUUUAAAACAUUGUGUCCCCUCAGAGUAUCUACUGAAGUCUGAAUAGCAUGUCUGAGGUUGCUUUAAAAUACUCCAGCCCUGUCUCUAAAGAAAAGUUAGUGGAUGAAACAAUACAAACCACAGCUAACAUAACGUUAAUAACUGCUAAAGCUGGGUGUUGGGUAUAAGGGGAUUCAUUAUGCUAUUCUUGCUAGUUUUGUAUAUAACAAUUUCUAUAAUAAAGUAUUUUUUUAAAAAAUGAGUUAAAGUAUAUUGAGCACUUAAAAUGGCCUCUCACAGAGUAGUGCUGUGUAUAUCACAGAAGCAUCUGUGUACUUAUUAUUUUAUUACUUGUAAGUAACUUUCUUUGCCUCAGAAUCAGCCUUCAUUAGCUAUGUAUUCUAGAAAGGUAGAUCAAGGCAGAGUUAUAAUGCCUGCUGGUAUUGGCCUAGCUAGAUGUUGUUAUGCCCUUUUGGAUCUGAGAUUCACAUUCUACUAGUGAGUGCCAUCAGAGAAUUUGUAUAUAGAACAAAUGGUGAUAGAAUUUUUAGUUUUGCCAAAUCUGAUCCUUGUUUUAAAACAUAAUGUCACCUUCUCUGUGAGACGUAUAUUCUGACCACUCUUUUAAGUGCCCUGCGUGCCUCAUAAUCCCUUACUCAGCAUUAUUUUUCUCUAGCUCUUCUAGCAAACUUAACUCACAUGUGGAAUUUACUUGCAUAUGUUGCGUGUCUUCUCUCACCUUCCAGCUUCUCUCUAGAAUGUAAGCUCCUCAAGGGGGGCAGGGAUUUUCGUCCUGUUUUCAUUUUGUAUCCCAGCAUCUAGAAUGGUGCCUGAAACACAGUAAAUGCUCAGUAAAUA